UUGCCAAUUUGCCAUUCUCCCUUCCACUCCACCUCUUGAAAAAAAAGAAAAGCACACAACCCCUCACCGAAACCCAAUUCCCUCUCUCGCUCCGUCAUCUCCUCAUAGCCGCCGCCCACUAGCCUUAACCUGUCUCCUCAACCUCCUAUUCCGGACCAAUUUCGGAUUCAGAAGCCUGCUUCUUAUGGGUUCCUCCUCCUGCAGGAAACCAGAGAAAGAUAUUGAUUGUAAGUGAAAGAGCAGUAUCUCUGACUCUGGAGCUAGACCACCAAAUUCAGAGAGAGAGAGAGAGGUAAGAACUUGGUGGCGGGAGUUGUUCCUGGGUUUUUUUUAUUUUCCUUUCUUUCGGAAAACAGGUUUCUGGGUUCUCGUGGGGUUUUCCUGUUUUGGGUUGGGCCAUUCAAAGAUUAUCCCAGCAAGAGUUGCAGAAAGAUAAGAGGAUGUUUGGGUGCGAUUGCAUUUACUGGAACCAACAACAACAAUCCGUUGACUUUGGCAGUCUUCCUGAGCCACAGCCUUUCUCCUUACCUGCUCCUCUCCCUCAAUGGCCUCAAGGUCAGGGAUUUGGUACCGGAAUAAUGAAUUUGGGAGAGCUAGAGGUCAUCCAAGUGACGAAAUUUGAGAGUGCUUGGAGAUGCAUCCAAUUGGGUGGAGGGAAGACACCAUUAGGAGUCUCAUUCUACAAACCUGUUGGCAUCCCUGAUGGCUUUCACUCCCUUGGUUACUACUGCCACCCCGAUGAUCAGCAGCCAUUGAGAGGUUAUGUCCUAGUUGCUCGCGAAAUCAACCACACUCGAUUAUCUUCGUUGAAUCCUCCACCAUUGAGAAAGCCAAUCAACUACUCGCUGAUUUGGAGCACUGGCUCACACUAUGGUGACAAUGGCUAUUUCUGGCUUCCAAAUCCACCGACAGGGUACAAGGCCAUGGGAAUUGUGGUCACUCACGACUCGGACCAGCCAGAUAUCGACGAAGUGAGAUGUGUUCGAGCAGACCUUACAGAACCCUGCGAGACUGGCGAUCUCGUGUUCUCCAUGGAUUCCAAAAGCGGCUCUAACCAGCAAUUCCAGAUUUGGACCACUAAGCCAUGUGAAAUGGGAAUGCUUGGUAAAGGUGUAUCUGUGGGAACAUUUUACUGUCGAAGUAGCAUUAUGAGUUCAGAAGAAGCUCUCAUGAGUGUAGCAUGCUUGAAGAAUCUUGACGCGUUCCUAACUGCAAUGCCGAACCUGAACCAGGUCCAUUCCUUGAUCCAACACUAUGGCCCUAUAAUGUACUUCCAUCCUGACGAAGAUUAUCUCCCGUCUUCCGUGCAAUGGUUCUUCAAAAAUGGAGCACUUCUGUACAAAGAUGAUUGGAAGAAAGGUCAACCGAUCAACUACAUGGGGUCAAACUUGCCAAGCGGAGGUGAAAAUGAUGGUGGAUAUUGGAUAGAUUUACCCAUCGACGAUGGUGAAAGCAGCAGUUUGAAAAGUGGAAACCUGGAGAGUGCAGAGCUUUAUGUUCAUGUGAAGCCCGCACUUGGAGGGUCCUUCACCGAUGUAGCAAUGUGGGUGUUCUGUCCUUUCAACGGACCAGUGACACUCAAGAUAGGGCUCGUGAGCAUACCGAUGUCGAGGCUGGGGCAGCAUGUGGGCGACUGGGAGCAUGUCACUCUUCGUAUCAGCAACUUCACUGGAGAGCUAUGGCAAGUGUUUUACUCCGAGCACAGUGGGGGGAGAUGGGUAGAUGCCUCUGAAGUGGAGUUCAUUAAAGGUAGUAAUAAGCCAAUUGUGUAUUCUUCCAAGCAUGGUCAUGCUAGCUUCCCCCAUGAGGGUAUGUUUCUUCAAGGUUCCACGAAAUUUGGAAUCGGCGUGAGAAAUGAUACUGCUCGGAGUGAUUACUUUAUCGAUUCGAGCGUUAAGUAUCAGCUCAUUGCAGCGGAGUAUCUUGGAGAGGAACUGGUCGAAGAACCGUGCUGGCUGCAGUACAUGAGAGAAUGGGGUCCAACUGUUGUGUACGGUUCACGAUCAGAGAUCGAUAAGAUAAUCAAUAUACUGCCAUUUUUUGUUCGGUUUUCAGUAGAGAACCUCAUCGAGUUGUUUCCGACGGAGCUUUAUGGCGAGGAAGGGCCAACUGGGCCGAAGGAGAAAGACAACUGGGUUGGAGAUGAGAUAUGUUAGCUGUUGGAAAAUCAACAAGCAUUUUGAUGAAGAAGGUUUGCUUACAAUACCACACUAUGUAGAAUGCUACAUUUGUAAAUAUAGCAUAGGGGAAGUACACCAUUAGCAUGUGUGAUUGUUUGAGAGAGAGACAUAUCUGAAGGAGUGUGUACUGCUCUCUUUGGUGGAAUUUGUUUGUCGUUGUAUCAUUGAAUGUUGUAUCAAUUUUACGGUGCGUUAUGGGCAUGGUUCAAAAAGGCAUGUUUAACCUUACGCUUAGGUAUGUUUAUGCGCAAGGUAAUGACAAAAUCGUCUCGUCUAGGGGUUUUCGUGCCUAAUUAGAUACUUAAAC